GCCUUUUUGAAGAAAUUGGGCUUUUCAUUAAUUCAGUGUGUUUUGUUUUUUUAGUUGUUUUUAAUAAAAGUUUUCAACCCAGUGAAUUAAUUCUAUUUCGGCAAUUUUUAUUUUAUUUGUUAUUUUUAUUUCAUAAUUACUACAUUUAUUUGUAUUUAUUUUAUCUAGUCGCAGAAAUUCAUAAUUAUAAUGGCGGAUCCAGGUUUUCCAGGCAGACAUACGACAACAACAACUGUUACUCAGACCGCAGUUGCACCACAAAUUCGUUUCGAUAAAUCAUAUAUUAGAACUCCUUCAGGAAUUUUAAAAUGUGCUUGCAUGUUUUUGAAUCUAGUUGGUUUCAUUUGUAUUCAAUGCUCUGGAAAUCAUUCAUAUCACUCAAGAGGAAGUUAUUUCAGUUCGAUUUCAAUGACAGGUUUUUGGUUUACAGGAACACUAUUAGCAUUUUAUCUUUUUCAUAUUUGUGAAAAAUUCUAUCAAAUUCCAUGGCUUAAAAUUGAGAUGUGGUUUUGUGCAAUAUGGACAAUUUUAUAUGCAUUCGCGGCUGGUUUUGCGGCAGCCUAUGGAAUUGAAGCAUAUUCAGCCGCAGCUUUCUUUGGAUUUUCUGCAAUGUGCUUAUACGGUUAUGAUGCAUUUUUAAAAUAUAAGGCCGUUAGGAAUGGCGAAAUCGCUCAAGGUAGUAGGGUCGUAUCUAAGCAAACCACAUCCGCCCAAGCUUAAAAAAUAAAACAAACUGCAAGCUUUAAACAAAUUGCAAGUCCAAAAAAAAAACUUUAUAUACAAAAUUAAUUUUAAGCAAAAAUAUUUAAAAUUUCUUUGGGUUAAUUUAAUAUCUAUUAUCUAUGAAGACAAAAAAAAAUUAAAUACAAAAAAAAGUCUAAUAUGUAUUAUAAAAUUUUUUUCUUAAUUUUAAUUUUUGAAAUUUCGUUUAUUUUUGAAGCUUAAAAAUUUUGCUUAUCAUUUACAUUUAAAUGAGUAUAGUUUGAAUAUAAAAAUUUUUUAAUUUAAUUAAUAAGUUCUUCAACAAAUUUUAAUUAAGCUUUUAGAAAAAUUUUAAAAAUUUUAGUAAUAUUUUUUUGUAAUGCACUAACAAAUUAUAUAGCGAAUUCACCAUAACUUUAAUCAUAAUAAUGGUAUUAAUAUCAAAUCUAAAACUAUGCCAGCGUGGAAAUCAAAAUCAAUUUUUUAACUCAAAUAAAAAGGAUAUUUAUUUUGUCCAUUCUACCAAUUAUAACUGUGUAUAUCAAAGAAAAUAAUGAUAAAAGUUAUUAUUUUAUUAAACAUUUACUUUAUGAAAAAAAAAAUUUAUUAGCAUUGUGUUAAUUUUUAUGAACACAAUGCUUUGUUUUUUUAAUACAAAUAAUUGAACUCAAAUUUUCUAUUUCUAAUGUAUUUAAAUAAAAAAAAACUCAAAUUAAAUAAAUUUUUGGAUGAAAUUAAAUUCAAAACGCUAAAUAUGGUUAUUUGAAAUUCAUUAUCUAUUUUAGAGCUGGCACGGUAAAAUCAAAAGUUUUACAUAAAUUUUACAAUUUAAAUAUUUUUAUUAGAAUAAAUUAGUCAUUUUAUGAAAGAAAAACUCUUUAAAAAAAAGAAACAAAUUUACAUUUUAUAAAAAAGAAAAGGUCCAGUUUAUAAAAAGAAAAAUGCAUUUUAAUUAUUAAAAGCAAAAUAAGAUUAAUGAAUAAUA